GGUUGUGCAAUGGCUAUGUUCCGGAGAAGAUAUAUGCGUGAGCCUUGUCUUUAUCCUAAACAACGCAUUGCCUUCUUAGAUCAAGAUCUGAUCACAACAUUGUGAAAUGACUAUAGACAGUUUGAUAUGGGGCCUAAGAAUUUCGUGUUUAGGGAUUCCUAUGUGAAACACGCUUAUGGUGAAUUUCCGGAGGAGUCAGCUAUGCACAAGAAAUGGUGGAUUGAUGUGGAUAACUUAUAUGCUUGUCUCUUUGUCAAUGAAAACCAUUGGGUGGCUUUGGAUAUUGACUUGCAGGGUAAUAAGAUUUACAUCUAUGAUAGCAUCCCAAGCAUGGUGAGUGACGAUCAAAUGGCUCUUGAAUGUUUGUCUUUAAGGCAAAUAAUCCCAGCGAUGUUAUGUGACAUGAUUCCUGAGACGAUCCGUAAGAAGAGUAAACAUAUGUUGGAAUUGAGAAGGGUGAAGAAGAAUGUCUCUCGGAAUGAAAAUCCAGGUGAUUGUGGUAUGUACGCUCUAAAGUAUAUUGAAUGUUUAGCUCUUGGGAAAGCAUUUGAUGGGCUUUGCGAUGAGAACAUGUUGGCUCUUCGGAUUAAGCUUGCAGCGGAGUUAUAUGACGAAGUUGGAGAACUAGCCAUACCACCGAACAUGUCUGAUUCAUAUUCUCGAGCUAAAGAUAUUAAAAUCCCUUCCCUCAUGGAUGAGUCCUUGUAG